CACACAACACAAAUCGUAUCGCCGACGUCUCUUCUUAUUCCUCAAAUAGGGAGAGGAUUACUACUAAUACUAGUCGUUUCGUUUCUGAGAGUGAAUUGGUUUCUUAUUGACUCUUUGACCCCAAAAGAAAAGAAAAGAAAAAGUAGUCUUUAUUUGAAGUUUUAGGGAAUAGUAAUAUGAAGAAAACAGGGAAGAAGAAAUCAUCAAGAGUGUCAUGGGCAUCAGAUAGUUUGCUUUCUCAGGUGAAGAUGUUUCUAACUGAUGAUUGUCCCGCUGAAGUUGCAUCAUCCAAUCUUCCACCUGGAUUUGAAGCUUCUGACUACGCAUCCAGGCGUACCUCUACCAUUCCCCUCAUCAAAUGGAUACCCCCACCCAAGUUUAUCAUCGAUGAUGCUUUCCUUGGCGGGACUGGUGGUGACAGCACCGAAACUCCUUCCGAGAAUUUGAGGAUCGCUAAAGUCUUGGAAGCUUUCUAUCCUCACCGCUCUGUCAUCCCUGCUCGUCCUUCCGUCUCACCGGCUGUAGAACAAUCCCACUAUGACGACAGCUAUACUCCUAUUAUCCGUCUCACUCCCAUUGAAGACGAUCGUGCUGCUGCUUUACAAUCUUCUUCUCACCAUUUCGAGGCUCCUUCAGCUGUUUCUCUACUUGGACCUGAGUUGAGUCUCGCUGCUUCUGCCGCUUUGUCUGCCUUAACCAAGGAACAGGGCUGUCAGGUCGAUGCUGCUUUACUUGUCAAGUUACUCAGUGACCCCAAAAUCGUCGCCAACUUGUUGAAUGACAUGAAUAGUAAACCACUUGAAACCGCAAAUGGUGACAGUAUGAACACUGACAUCACCAAUCCUAGACUUCACAUACCUAGAAAUGGUGUGCCACACAAUGUACAUGUUCCGGUUCAGUCCAGUGCUACGGUUCCUCCACUCCCCAAACCCACUCAGCCCAUGUCGACUGCUCUAUCAAUGAAACCGACCCUAGUUCCAUUGUCUUCUGGCAUCGAACCAUUGACAAGAGUUGAAGAAGAAGAUUCUUACACAGCUGCUCCAUUGAAACCAAGCCCAGUUGAAAAUGUUCUAGUCUCGGAACAAAAGACCCAAUCCCUUAACGUGUCCGCUUCCAGCACUCGGGAUAUCAAUAGGAUACCGGAAUCAGCUCAGACUGAAACAGAUCUUCAAAUCCGUAAUGGUAAUAUAAACCGGGGUGAUCAGGUUUCUGCAAAGCCUGUGAAAAACCUAGACUACUUCAAGAACCUCAUUAGGGAACAUGGGGGAGUCAGUCCGGCAACAAAUCAAAAUAACAAUUACAAAGGUAGAGUUGAUGAUAUGAAAGUCGUAAAGGUUAAGAUUCAGAAACAGUGCAUGUUUUUUAACAGAGCCAAAGGGUGUAGGCUCGGCGAGAGUUGCUUGUAUCUUCACGACCGCUCUAAAAGGUUGUGGGCUGAUGUUGCUCCUCGUUUUCCCAAAGCUAAGAGACUUAAGUAUAGAUCGUAAACAUGCUACGAUAUCACUCAAACUUAACCCAAAUCAUGUUUGAAAUAUUGGUAAAUAGCUUCAUCCAAAUUCUGAUAAACUAGUUUCUCAAAGUUAGUCAUCAUGUCCUUUGUUUUUUUGGUUUA